AUGCCCAUAUAUGCCCACGUAGGCGUCGCGAGAGGUGGCCUUGAGCCCGGGCUCCCCCUCCCGACGCAGCUGGGGGCGCGGAGGGCGAGCCGGACUCUGCCGUUGGUCCCGUUCCAGCGGCAGAGGGACGCGUGGCACUCGAGCAAGGCCGGGCGUCGCGGACUUCGGCCUCAUCGACGGGGGCCGCCGGCAGCUGCGCUUGAUGGUGCAGGAGGAGAGGCGAUUCACGGCGUCCAGCGUCGUCAGGCGAAACGGCUUCAGGAGCAGCGGCAGAAGGUCGUCUGCCGUGCACAGCAGCAGGUUGUCAGUCUGAGCAGCAAGGGAGCAGCACAGCAGCAGCAGCAGCAGCAGGCAGCCAGCAAAGCAGAGGAGCAGCAGCAGCAAUGA